GACCAUCCCAAGCAUGGACAAGACUUGCUCACCUACGUAUUUGCCGGAAUGUCCCUCUGGUCUUUGCUGGCUAGCGUGGUUUCUGGCUUCGCACUUUCGUCUUUGGGCGCUCGUGCCAUGUACAUCCUGGUCGCUGCGUUUGCACUACCAGCUCUUGUGGCGUCUUGGACAACGGAGGAAACAAAAAAAAGUGCUGCUGAAAUUCGAUCCGGGCGCGACAAGAUCUUUCGGCAGAAGGAGUUCUUCACCCUGGCCUGCGUGAUGUGCGGAGCUUCGAUGAUGCUCA